GAGCUUGUAACAAAAUAGUCAUUUCCGUUCAUCUCUGUCAAACAUUUCGCCUAAAUUGGUGUCUCCUACAUUCAACCAAGAAGAAGAUAGAGCGCCACUUAAAUUUGAAAGGCCUAUGAAAAUUUUCAGCCGUGAAACAUGUCAGCCCAUACCCAAUAAUCAUCAUAAAUAUAUCUGUUGAAGGUUACAGACAGAGACACCCUGCAUUUCGACGCUUACUGCAAUCUGCUCUGUUCUCCCCAAUCCUUCAAAGCUCAUCGCCUAGCCUCUAAUCAAAUUUUUUUUGCUUUCCCAAGUUGUUAGGAUGAUAAUGGAAGUUGCUGGCCCUACUAUGAGAAAGCCUAGUUUCAUUGACUUGGAACCACCAUCACCACCAACUGUAAAGUGCAGCAGAGUUUCCUCCGCUUGCCCUGUUUUCCGGCGGCGGCGGAACCAACCGGCCGCCCUUCAUCUUUCCCGCCAAAGGUGUCAUUAUAACUCCUCGUGCUCCCAGUCCAUGAACGGAUGCCAUCUGGAGCAAUUAUGGGACACCGCCGGCCGAGGAUUAGCCGCCGUUCAAACGGUGGAAACUCGGACUCUUCCGGCGGCCAUAACUCCUGCAUUGGCUCUGGACACCCUCAACUCCGCCAUUCAUGACUUGGAAGCCAAUCCCCCAGCUUCGUCUUCUUCUUCUGGGAUUAUACGGAUGCAGGUAACGGUUCCGAAUUCCGAAGCUCAUAAUCUACUUCAUAUUGUUGAUCCAAAGGUCCCAAUUACACAGCAAAUCGAAGCAAUCGAGUGGCUUUAUGCCCAGAACCACCUCCUUCCUCGUUGUUUCUUCUCUGGGAGAAGCCACAGCAAAGAUGACGGAACCACAAACCUUAUUCUCAAUGGAAAUGGGAACGGCCUUCAUACUCCGGCGCAGCAAAAUCUGGUCAGUGUGGCCGGCGUGGGUUCUGCAGUACUCUUCACCCAUUCCCACCCUUUCUCCUACAACCACUGGAAGUCCAUCAAAAGGUUCCUGUCACCUAAAUGCCCGCUGAUUCGAGCUUAUGGAGCUAUUCGAUUCGAUGCAAGAGCCAAUGUGUCCUCUGAAUGGGAGGCUUUUGGGUCAUUCUACUUCAUUAUUCCUCAGGUUGAGUUGGAUGAGCUUGAAGGAAGUUCAAUGCUUGCUGUUACAAUCGCUUGGGAUAAUGAUCUCUCCUGCACAUUCCCACAAGCCAUUCGCUCUCUUCGAACUACCAUGUCUCAGAUCUCUUCGUUUGUUGGUAAGCUGCGUAAAGAAGUUUCUAGAACGUAUAUUGUGAGCAACAAUCAUACUCCAAACAAGGCGACGUGGGAUCGUGGUGUCAGUAGAGCUUUGAACAUAAUCAACACAAGCACUUCACCUCUCUUAAAGGUUGUUCUUGCUCGCAGCACCAGAGUUGUUACCAUGGAUGAUAUUGAUCCUAUAAACUGGUUGGCUUCUCUACAGGUAGAAGGGAAAGAUGCUUACCAGUUCUGUCUUCAGCCUCCUGAUGCACCCACAUUUAUAGGCAACACGCCAGAGCAACUAUUCCACAGAAAGGGGUUGGGAAUCAGUAGCGAGGCUUUGGCUGGAACUCGAGCUAGAGGUGGAUCGACUGCUCUAGAUCUUCAGAUUGAACUGGAUUUGCUCUCAAGGUUUUGUGUACUGAAACACUCUGCUCAAUAUGAUAUUUUGUCUGCACUGCACCCAACUCCAGCAGUUUGUGGAUUCCCAGAGGAAGAAGCAAGGUCUCUGAUCUCAGAAACUGAGGUGUUUGAUCGAGGAAUGUAUGCCGGGCCAGUUGGGUGGUUUGGUGGAGGAGAGAGUGAGUUUGCUGUAGGCAUCAGGUCUGCCUUGGUAAACAAGGGCCUUGACGUGCUUAUCUAUGCUGGCACUGGGAUCGUGGAAGGUAGCGAUCCAUCUCUGGAGUGGGAAGAACUCGAACUGAAGACGUCUCAGUUCACUAAGUUGCUAAGGCUAGAGGUUCCAUCAAGACCAAAAGUUCCAAACUUGAGAAGAAUGGUGUGAGCAAAACAAACCCCUUUCCAAGCAUUUCCAGUGAAGAAUCAAAAAUGAAGCAGGCUGCAAGAAGACCAUUGACAAUUAAACAGCAUCACAGAUAUGUCUCCACUCCACUAUCUGAUUCUUUUGGUUCUUGAGAUUGUAACAACAUUGGCAUCAAAAUCAAGUAUGCAAAACGCAAACAGAGAAGUAGAGUAUUAAAGAAUAACAUAUUUUUACAUUGCUUUUCGCAGCAGCACGAAAAUGGCUGCUUAAUCAAAUAAUCAAUUAAUACUUAUACAGAAAAGAUGUGGUUGGGUGGUGAUUCAACAACAUAGCAUAUAUAACUACAAGAAAACUGGGGGAACAUCAACUUCCCCUCUGCUCUCAACCCUAAUACGUCAACUAAAGGCCUCUGUUUUCCCCUUCUUCUCCACGCAAGAUCGAAUUUCUCAGGACGACGAGAGACCUCAACGCAUUCCUUCAAGAGUCCAAAACUUUUUUAUUCUUUAACAGGGCCUGUUAACCGCGCAGUCGAGCGCACCCGCACUUCGGGUCAUCCGACUCGCAAACUUGCCAUGCUGAGCCUUGAUCGUAGUCUUUUGGUCCAACCUACAAAUCGGUCCACCCGAUUGGAUGAAAAUGGCCCCGUUGUCCAACAAAUCCUCCUCCGACCUCCAAUUCCACGACUUCCAAACGCUCUCCGGCGUGUACUCCCUCUUGGUCACCUCUUUGCAGGCCGCAUUGGGCGGGGCGAUGAACCGGUUCCCCUGGCUGAGUAUGGUCGGGUUCGAGUUCCCGCCCACGGCGUACAUCUCCCAGUGGGUGUAAUCAUUGUUGACCACGUGGGCGAACCCGAACCGCAACCUGGGCAUGCGCUGGACCAAACCGCGGCCGAAAUGGUUGAACGCCAGGGUGAUCUGCAUGACCUUGUCCUGGGUCUCCUCGUCGCUGGCCCCGAACAGCAUGACGUCGUUGUGGCGCGUGAAGUGGCAGUUGGAGAUGGUGACGGCGGUGGACUUCAUGAUGACGUCGAUGAGGCCGUCGGCGCAGUUGGACAUGGAGAGGUGGUCGAUCCAGAUGUUGGUGGCGCCGAAGAGGGAGACGCCGUCGCCGUCGCUGCGGGUGCGGAACCCGAAGUGGUCCUCGGAGCUCCGGAUCAUGCCGCCGGGGCAGGGCUGGGUGUCGUGGAUGUGGAGGCCGUGGAUGAUGACGUUGUCGACGAACUGGAGGGUGAGCUGGCCGCCGUUGGCGAUGUGGACGUUGGCCCCACGCGCGUCGAUGGUCUUGUUGGAGUUUAUCAUCAGCUCCUGGCUCAGGACGAUGACCAUGGACCGGGCGAACGUGAUCCAGAGCGGCCGGUUCUGGAUCACGGCGUGCCGGAGGGUCCCCGGUUUCGGGUUGACCGCGUCCGCGUCGGACGGGUCGGUGACGACGUAGAACUCGCCGUCUUUCCCGCCCGUGGUGCCACGCGCGAAGCCCAUGGCGCAGUCGGCCAGCCUCUUGCGGUUGGCGGCCCAGUUCUUGUCGCAGCGCCAGCACCAGUCGAUCGGGUUCGUGGCCUGGCACGCGCUCCCUUUCCCUCCUCCUGAUUUCUGGCCCAAACCUCGCCUUGUGCUGUUGUCUUGCUCGGCUAACGCCCUGUGUACUUUGCCGUUGAGAUGGUCGGCGACUUGGACAGGGUCAGGGUGGUAGGCUGCCUGAGCAUUCUCGUGAGCCUGCUUAGCUCGCCGGCUCCAGUACUCUUCAUCGGUAACCUGACCGGCGGGACUCGCAUCGGGGGCCUCUGCUGCUGUCGACAGAGUUACGACACCGGAAAACAGUGUUACCACCAACACAAACAACAACGUCCCCAUCGAUCCCUCCUUCCUUAUUAGUCCCCUCUCUUGUUCUCUAUUUACCUUUUUUUUUCUUUUAUUUUUUUUGCCCGAAAUUAAUUCGAUUAUUAUCGUUCCUUAAAUUAUGAGAGAAUGAAAAUUUUAUGGGUAGGAUUGUUUUUGCUUGCUGUAGGGUCAGAGCGGUUAGUAUAGAUAGAGAAAGAAGGUUGAAGUUUCAUGGCCCUGACCUCUCUGGGAAUGUGCUCUGGAGUGGAAGGGAAGAUGAAAUUAGUUUUUGAAGGAAGAGAAGAGGGGAAGAAAAUAGAAGGAAAGUAAAAUGAGAAGUAGGGAGGAAAGAUCGGAUGGGAAAUUGAAGGGGAGGCUUCAACGUUAAUUUGAUUCUCUAAUUUUUUUCUUUUUCUUUGCAUGCUUAAUUGUGUUCUAUAUUCAGC